UGACUGGGAAAGUGCGAAUUGUCAUCAACCAAAUCUUUCAACGUCUCCGCCUUCGCUUCACUUCACUUUUACUUCCAUUCACUGUCACUUCGUUUCACUUCUUACAACUCAGUCUCCCUUUUCUACUCCUUUCUUCUUACACUCUUCAAGACCUCACCCCAUUACCGACACCAUACCACAUCAAAUCAAACCCACGCUCGUUUAUCUUUGAUCGUUUCCAACUUUAAGCCUCUCACUAUCUCCUUCUAGGACACGCGUACUGCAACUUGCUCCGAAUCUUGAGCUGCUACUCUCUGAGGAUGAAGUGGUUUCUUGCGAUUGCUGCCUUGGCCUGUCGCCUGGCCAUGGCACAUCCGACCUUUGCUUUCCCAUUCUACAGCGCUGGAAAUUCCUCUCACUCGUCCGUCACUCUGCCCGGUACGAGACCAGCAAACUACAGUCAUGCCAUCAUCAGUGCUGCAUCUAUUCUUGAUAGUUCGGCAUCGAAGACGAGUGGCAGAGCUCCGUGUGGUUGCUCUACUUCUGUAACCACUACUACACUUUUUGUUCCCGCAACCGCAAUGAGCUCGGCUGUUUUAGGGUUAGCAAAUGCUGCUGAUACUAGCCAAAUGAUUGUAACCAAGAGUGACCAAACCGUGGUCGACAGCAGCGCGUAUUGGAGCAGUGGCGUUGCAUCACGCAGUGACCCUACUCACACAAUACUCACAACCUUGACAGCAUACGUCGUUCCUUUUCCACCUGAUGUCUACAGCAAAGAAGUAACGUUCACUGUCACUAGCCAACGCACACUAACUUCGACUACCAAUUUGGGCUCGACUUCACUCACGACGACUGUUAUUGUUACUGAGACCUUUCUGACGACAAUUCAUGUGAGUCGACCAUCAAGCAGCGCGACUUCCAUGUCAGCUUUUCCAAUCGCUGGAGAAACCACUGCCCCGACCAGUAUAAUAUCAAUAGGUGCUCCGUCGCCAUCUCCAAUACUCGAUGAAACAUCUACAGAGAUAUUAUCGAGCCACCCGGACUCAACACUUUUGAGAACCUCUUCGAGCAGUUCUAGCCUAUCUUCGAGUGCAUCGAACGGCUUGAUUGCAGCGUUAACGUCUUCUCAAUCGGAGGUCACCCUGAUCACGACAUCUUUACACGUAGUAAGCUUGAGCAAUUCUACCUUCAAUGGACCAACAAGCUCGAACAAGGAGACAACGUCAGCGUUCCCAAUGUUUCCGCCCUUGGGAACAGAUAGCAUUACAUUCUUUGGUCCAGGAACUGGAUCAAAUAGUGUGAAUUUUUCUCAGAAUGGUAGAACUGCCGGCGCCCUUGGAGUCAGCGCGAUUGUAACUUCUUUGGUUUCAGCUGCGGCAGCAACCAACAACUACACUACAUACACCAACGGUGUCUCCAUUCAGGUUCCAGUAAAUACAGCAUCGACUCCUUUAUCUCUAAAAACCAGUUUUGGUCACCCGUUCUUCUCGAACUCGUCGAGGAAAAGCUCCGUCACGACAACAUCAUCAGCACCAUGGAGCUCUUCAGCAUCCCCGGAAAUUUUGACGUCGCAAAGUGCCACGUCGUCCCUAGGAGCGUCUAAUGUUAGCUAUUUAUCAUCGACCUUGAGUUUUGCGACUACUCAGACGCCAACUAGGACCGUCUCCGUCUUAGCUACCAACAUAAUCACGACAUCAUCACGAUUGAAGCCUUCGGUCAGUUUAUCGGAUAGUGGGUUUUCAAUCACAAACAGUAGUGAAAUUGGAAGCAUUGGAUCUCAUUCCACCUCAACAAAAUUCUUACCAAUUACUUUUUCCAAUUCAACUACAUUUUCGUCUUCUACGAUACAGUCGAACGAGACAUCGGAUAUUCCAAUCCCAAUCUCAUCCCUUAAGGGCAGCGUCACCAAUCCUGUUGGAUAUGGUCAGAUUAAGCCGUAUCCGACGGUUUUAGCUAAUGCAAGCUCAAGCUGCGGUGAAACAGGAGAUUUUAUCAUGAAUUGGGAUGAUGAACCUAUAUACGAGCAGACUCAUGCAGAUGAUCCACCUUACGCGCCAGUAUUCAAUCCAUAUCAUCACCUUUUUUUUGCUGCUGCUUUCUCAUACUAUAAUCCAGCUCACAGCAUUUCCAAGACAGAGCCAUACGAUCCCAUAUCUGGCCCAAAUGUCGCAAUCUUUCAUGUCAAGGACAACACAACUAUCGCAAACGCAGAUCAGCUUGACAGCUUCGGCAUGCUUCCAGGUACUAUCGGUGCAGGACCUCGUGCCAAUAAUGAGUACUAUUGGUUUAACGUGUAUGGUGUCGAGCUUGGUUGCGAUAAUAGCGGGCCUAAGGCAUGCAACAUGAGCAUCAGCGGUUACGUUUGGAGCAACUCGACUAAUAACGAAGAAAAGAGUGUGACGCAAACUACAUUGGUUCAGCCAUGUUCUCAGCUUGUAGACUGUAAGCUUCAGCAUGUCUCUCUUGAAGGUUUCAGAGGUCUGUCAAGCAUCCGCAUUGAAGCUAUUGUCGACGGAAACGCCCUGAAAUCCUGGGUGAUUGAUAACCUGAACAUGGGCUGGUUUGACAACAGUUGCAAAGCAGGACUUACCCGAAGCAGUCAGAAGAAAUAAACCGUUUAGUUCAGUGCGUGUCUAUUCCUCGCAGCAGAGCACGUGGUGCUGCACUGAAGAGCAUAGCAGGAAUAAUACUAGACACUCCUUUCAUCAAGGACAAGGCACAAAGUUGCAACGAAUUGCUUGAUAUCCUGCCUGCGUUCUAGCCUGCUUCACAAACAGUCUGUGGCAGUUCUACUCUAAUUCUUCAUUCAUGUGGAUGGGCAUCUUACGAAGAGAACAUAAUACUAAGCAUCCAAAGACAUGGACGUUUCAAGUUUGCUCUACAGCGUGCACUUGUAACUACAUGGAUCUACACGUCAUGGGUAAGGCUAAGAAAAUAUCGUGUGGAAAAAUAGAGUGGAAAAAAGGAAGCAUCACAAAAAUUGAGUCGCUUCAUAAACUUGGUCAUUGCAAAAAUGAAGCUCUUAUUGCCAAAAAGAAAAGAAGAAAUUACGGUUUUUGUAUUUAUCAAAUUCCUG